AUGUCGAGUGCUUUUUCCGCCAUUAAUACUCCCUCCAUCCCGCUCAACAACUUCGUCCGGACGUGGUCCACACAAUUAUCUUCUGAACCGCCCAAUCUGGUGACAGUCACGUCAAUCCAAACGGAGACUGUUUAUCCUACAUGGGUCUACACGAUAUCUGGCCCCGGACCUGAUUCCAGCACCGCAACUACUGUGCCUGACUUUUCAUCGUCAACACAGAACCCAACCGCGUUGACCGUGACUCUGACCACAACUAAGCUGUCAACAGCUAAUCAGGAUACCAUAAUAUCGACCCCCAGCUCUACGUCAACAGUUAUCUCGGAGUCCUCAACUUCGACCCUGACCCCAACGACCUCGGUUCUAUCAAGCUCAACGGGGGACUUUCCUAUUUCAGUAACUUCAGAAGUACCCGACCAUCCCAGCAGCAUGUGGAUUCCACCAAUUCCAUUAACUAGCUCGAGUACGUCUAUUGCAUCCUCAAUUCCUGUCUUUCCGGAGACAGCCACUAGUUCUGUAAGCUCCCUGAACUCCAUAAGUAUCUCGGCCAGCUCGAGCACCGCACCAACAAAGACACCAACAAACACACCUUCAAUAUCACCAUCCAUCGGAACCAUCACGAGCGCUAGCUCUUCAGAAACAGCUCAAGCUGACAAUUCGAGCUCCACCUCCAAAACCGGAACGAUAGUUGGGAGCAUCAUCGGAGGAUCAGCAAUCAUGAUCUUCGCCCUACUAGCCUGCGCACUCUAUAUGCGUCGCCAACGCCGAAAGAUAGCAACAGCGCCCCUAGACAUCAGACAGGAACUACUACGAGGUGACUCCACGAGCUCAUCAACCAGCCACCACCACCAUCACCGCUACCACUCCUACCCCUCGAUCCCAGCCAACAUCGGCCCGAGAUCCCCUGUCCUCCCAGUCAUCCCGCUGCAACAGCAGCCCUCAAAUCCAGACCUCUCCCUGGAUACCAUGUACCUACGCGGCGAGACAAGAGCGCAUGACCCCUUUGUGGACCCGCCGUCCACAGUCAUCGAGAUCUCAGCCCCGUCUCGCUCGGUCUCAAUCUACUCUACUUCUUCCCGGGGCGUCGGGCUCGGUGGGCAGGGUUACUGGGACUCCGAGCGCGAGGCUGCGGGUGCAGGUGCGGGUUCCCUCGCUGUACCGCAUGCGUACUUGGAUACGCCUGUGAUGCGUGAUAGCAUGCGCAGUGACCCGUUCGAUCUUGAUCUUGAGCCUCCACCAAAUGCUCACCAUCGGUCUUCUGUCCCUCCGAUCCCUAGUACGUGGGGUGUCAAGUUUUAG